UUUCCGUAUUACGCUACUGUUAUGUUGACGUGUGAAUUUGUGAAUCACUACUAGCUCACGUUAUUGUACUUUGCACAACAUGGUUUAGCUAGUAGCAAGAAAUAUAGCCAUAGAGUUGAAGAUUAUCGCUCAUGCAAACCUGUAGUGGAAUCGUUUUAGAAACCCACCAAUACGAUGGCAGCCGCCUGGGAAGAAAUCAGACGUCUGGCAGCGGAUUUCCAGAGAGCACAGUUUGCUGACACAGUGCAGAGGUUGUCCGAGAGGAACUGCAUUGAAAUCGUUGCCAAGCUGGUUGAAGAGAAGAAGUUGGAUGUGGUACACACACUUGAUGGCAAAGAGUACAUAACCCCGUCCCAAAUCAGUAGAGAGAUACGGGAUGAGCUCUACGUCCAUGGAGGUCGGGUCAACAUUGUGGACCUACAGAAGGAUAUCAACGUUGAUUGGGUUCAUGUUGAGGCCAGAGCAAAUGACAUUGCAAGAUCUGAUAAAAGUGUUCAACUGGUGCUGGGGCAGCUUAUCGAUGAAAACUACCUGAAUCGAGUUUCUGAGGAGGUGAAUGAUAAACUACAAGAGGCAGGCUUUGUGAACAUCCCAGAACUAUGUAAAAACUAUGACCUUCCGGGGGACUUCCUGACUGAGGAGCUGUCGAAGCGCCUUGGGAAAGUCAUCCAAGGCCAGAUGGAUGAGUACAACAGGGGAGUCUUAUUUACCCCUGCAUUUGUCUCUCGCCAUGGAGCUCGCAUCCGUGGGCUUUUCAGUGCGGUGACUCGGCCAACACCAGUUGGUAAUGUGAUUGGCGUCUAUGGUUUUCAGGAACAUCUUCUCUACUCUGUUUUGGAGGAGCUGGUGAAUACUGGCCGUCUGAAAGGCACUGUGGUGGGGGGUCGGCAGGACAAAGCUGUCUAUAUCCCUGACAUCUACUCCAAAACACAGAAUGCCUGGGUGGACUCCUUCCUCAAGCAGAAUGGCUAUUUAGAGUUUGAUUCUUUGAUCAGACUUGGCAUCCCUGACCCAGUGAGCUACAUCAAGAAACGUUUCAAGUCCAGCAAGCUGCUGUUUCUCAGGGCAGCCUGUGUAGGCCAGGCCCUGGUAGACCAGGUGGAGGCUUCUGUGGAGGAGGCUGUCAACUCUGCCACAUGGGCCGAUGUGCAGCCCAUUCUGCCCAGCUGUCUGUCCAUGGAGGACGUUGCCAUCAUAAUCAACGAGGCCAUGAGAACGACCAACGUGCUGUCGACUGCCAGGGUCCUGGGAGACACCGUGGUGGUCAGUGAGAAGUUCAUCAGCAACUGUCUCUGUCUCUUUGAGGAAACCAUGCAGCAUAAAGCUCAGAAGGAAGCCAAGAACAACCCUGUUUUCCUGAUAACUGAAGAUGAUCUCAAGCAAGGCGCUAUGAUGACAGAAAAUACAGCCCCCUCCAAAAAGGAGAAGAGGGAGGCGGAGAGGAGGAAAAAGACUACAGAGGGCAGUGGCAGUAAAGGAGGUGGUGGAGGAUGCAAUGCCAGAGAGGUCAGGAUACGCAAAACCAAGAAGAAGGGCAGGAGGGACGAUGACAGUGACGAGGAGACAGCAGUCAUCCCACAAAAUCGUAACAAACAGACUGAAGUCCCCUUCAUGGCCCUGGAGGAGAUCACUGCUGUCCUAGAAGAGAGAGUGUGUGACUGCCCCGAAGAAAUCCUCUCUGAGUUGGCGGAGCAUUUAGUAAGGCCUUUGACUAAGACCUACCAGGAGGUGGUUCGGACUGUGUUCAUGUCUUCCACUAGCUCCACGACUGGGGUGACAAAGAAGAGAAGUGUGAAAGACUUCCAGGAGGAGCUCUCCAACCUGUACAACAACAUCAGGCUCUUUGAGAAAGGGACCAAGCUCUUCUCUGAUGAGACCCAGGUCCACAUUGCCAAGUACGUCCUGAAGACAGUGUGCACGGACGUUACCAACAUCCUGGUGAAUUUCAUGGCAGCUGAACUCAUGAUGUCAGCAGAGAAUCCCAGCUCUAUCACCAAUGAGGUCAGAGUGAAGAUAUUAGGAAUGUUUCCAGUGGAAACCAAAGGGCCUCUUAUGAAAGUGCACAACACUCUGAAUGGAAAAACAAUUGAAGAUUUUUUAACCAAUAUAGAAACGGCAGUUGAGGUAUGUGGAUUCAUGCUGAAGAAGGGAGACAAGAAAAGAGAAAGACAGGCCCUGUUCCUGCACCGCCAGGCUUUGAUAGAGCAGCUGAAGGAGACUGAGGACCCAGCCCUGAUUCUCCACCUGACCAGUGUGCUGCUAUUCCAGUCCAGCACCCACUGCAUGCUGCACGCCCCCGGACGCUGUGUCCCCCAGAUCAUAGGGACUCUGGUGGGCCGCGUCUCUGAGGAGCAGCACAGGCUGCUGACGGGCUACCAGGGUCUGGUGGUUAAGAGGUUGAUGAGCCAGAGCCAGGGGAAAAAGCAGGAGCAGCGGGAGGGAGAGAACCCAGAGGAGGGGGACGAGGCAGAGGCCAUCCGGAAGGAGCUGGUCUCCCUAACCAGCGAGGUAAAGGAUCUGGUCCUCUCUCAGAAGAAGACGUCUGGGACUGAAGAGUGAAUGGGCUUGUGCCACAUCGACUGCGUUGCAGUUGGAAACUGCCAGCUGACUGAUCUGAUCUACAAAUCACCUAACUACUCAUUAUUAUUUGUAGAUCAGCCUGUUAGUACCGAUUUACCCACAAUCAAUUGCGGAUUUAUUGCUCGCCAAAGUAGCCAAUGAAUAUCUAGAGAUCUAGAAAAAAAUCAGAAAUGAAUAAUGACAUUCUGUAGAUCAGCUGCCCCAAACACAAUUGUCUUACAAAUUGAUUUCUCAACUGUCGUACCCAUUUAGACUAAGAAAUAUCUGAUACCCACCCAGCGCAGUAGCGUUGUGAAUGGUCCUGUUAUUUCAAAUGAUUUGCAGUAAAUUCCUUUGGGAUGUCAUUUGAAUUAACAUUCCAAUUAAGUCCUCAGUGCGGUAAUGUAAUAAAUAAUUCAUGGCUGAAUUAAAAAACACUUAGCCUCUC